AUGGUGUGUAUGGUUUCAGAUGAGUCUUCUUUGGAAGUAUUAGAACUUCUUUCGAAAUAUAACGGUCUAUUAGAACAACUACAAAAGGGUUUUGGUGAAGGAUUUAGUAAUCUAGGAAGAGCCAAUUAUCACAAUAAAGAUGCAUUAAGAGGGAGAUAUGGGAGAGAUUACUGGGAUGAGACGUAUGAAGGCGAAUUGGAAGUUCAUAUUUCUGCUGAUUCAAAGACUGUAGAGAUUACUAAAAAAAUAAUAAUGGAAGAAGAGACUGAAGAGUCAGAUGAUGAAGAAAAGGACAGUAAGCUUAAGAACAGAAGUAAGGUAAAAGGGAAACAAUCCGAAGAAAAGACCAAAAAAAAGAACGUGAAAGUGAGUCCAGAUCCAAUUUUCAUGUUUGGAGGUAGGUUAUCUAUUCCUAGCUCACUUAGACAAUGUCAGUCAAAUUUUAAAAGUUGUAUACCUUUAUUUCAAGAAUUAAUUAAUUGUCAGAGAGAGUUGAUUGAAAUUAUUGAAAAAAAUAAGAAAUAG